UCUCCUUAAAAAGUCGAACCUCCACCCUAAACGCCUAAACCCUCUUUCGCGUUUGCUUCUCUCUCUAAAACCUCUCGCUCGAUAGUUCAACUCAACCUUCGCCGCCAUGGCUGGAAUCUGCUGCAGAAAGGCUGUGGCUCCACAUUUAACAAAGUGGUUGAGGCUCGUAAUGAGCCGAUCCUACGGAGCAUCCGCCGCACUUCAAUACGAUUACGACUACUACGAGGAGGAGGAGGAGGAGGAGGACUACGGGUCUGGCCGGGAUCAGCGCUCAGCGGGACCGAUGGCAGAUUCCGAAGGCUCGAUCAAGGGGAGAGGAGUGCAGUGGGUGUUCAUAGGCAAUCCCAGCGCAAGGAAGCAUCUCUAUGCCGAUAGGCUCUCCAAGAUUCUUCAAGUCCCUCACAUUUCCAUGGGCGGCCUCGUCCGUCAGGAGCUUAAUCCUCGUUCCUCCCUCUACAAACAGAUUGCAAAUGCAGUGAACCAAGGGAAGCUGGUUCCAGAAGAUAUUAUAUUUGGGCUUUUGUCAAAGAGGCUGGAAGAAGGAUAUUACAGAGGUGAAACCGGAUUCAUUCUCGAUGGCAUUCCUCGAACCCGAAUUCAAGCUGAGAUCCUUGAUCAAAUUGCUGAUAUCGACCUGGUGGUGAAUUUCAAAUGCUCAGAGGAUUGCCUGGUUAAAAAGCACCUGGGAAGUGGAAUCUGUUCUCACUGUCGAGAAUCCUCCCUUCAUGAGAGCGGUUUGGGGUCAACAAGUAUACUGAAACCAUCCUCCCCUGAUACAGAAGAUGUCCGGAAAGAAAAACUCCGGAUCCAUGCAGAACAGAGCAAGCCAUUGGAAGAUUACUACAGGAAACAGAAGAAGCUUCUUGAUUUUGAGGUUGCUAAUGGACCUGGGGAAACGUGGCAAGGGCUUUUGGCCGCAUUACAUCUCAAGCACAUCAAUGCAAGCCACUCUUCAUACAAAUUGACAGUAUGAUUCAAAUCAGUUUUGACUCCAACAGUCCCGUACCAUUAUAGGUUUAUUGUUGUAGUAAAUAUAAGCAAAGUGAGAAAUGUAGAGUUGGAUUUCUCUGUCAAAUAUUUCUAUGCGAAUUCGUAGAUUUUGUAUGCUGAGGAUCCUCCCACAGUGAGCGCGACUUAAUUUUGAGUUUGCAAGCUUGUAAUUUAGUUCUGGCGAGAUGAGAUAUAAAGAGAAACUGGUCUCUUUGAGUUGAAAAGGCUAAAGCUUUUUCUGUUAUAUUUUGAUUUGAGAUGAAAUUUUCCAUAUAUUAUUUCAUUUGAGAGAUGAAGGUUUGUUUUUUACUGUUU